GAAAACCCUCUGACAGGCAGCCCCAGAUUCACUGUGGCGGCUGUGACAUUUCUUUCUCCCAGUGUCGGCGGAGGUGGGAGGAAAAAGAAAACGGGAAGCAGGAACCAAGAGAGGAAGAAGCGUCGAUGAUGAGCCCGCUGCUGCUGCGCACUCCGCUGCUGCUGCUGCGCUCUCCGCUCGGCUGCCUGGCGACAGUUUUCGGCUCAUUUUCCGCUUCUCGAAACAAACUGGUCACACAAGCAGCAGCUGUUCCCUCGCCUGUUUACUCCAGAAAAACGAUGCACUAUCAAACGGAGGAGCGAGGACACCCCCAUUGUCCUGACUACCGGAUUUAUUUUAAAACCACUGAUGGAAAAUACAUUUCCCCGUUCCAUGACAUCGCACUUAAAGCGGAGACGGAGCAGGACAAUGAUGUGCCGGCUAAAAAGUCCAAGAAGAAUGAGAGUGAGGUGCUCUUUAACAUGGUGGUGGAGGUGCCUCGAUGGACAAACGCUAAAAUGGAGAUUGCAACUAAGGAACCGCUGAACCCGAUCAAACAAGACGUAAAGAAAGGAAAGCUCCGCUAUGUUGCCAACAUAUUUCCCCAUAAAGGUUACAUUUGGAAUUAUGGAGCGCUCCCACAGACCUGGGAGGAUCCAAACCACACGGACGGAGAGACGAAGUGUUGUGGUGACAAUGAUCCCAUUGACGUUUGUGAGAUCGGCACCCAGGUGUGCUUUCCAGGUCAGGUGAUCCAAGUGAAAGUGCUUGGCAUCUUGGCCAUGAUCGACGAGGGAGAGAUGGACUGGAAGGUCAUCGCUAUCAAUGCUAAGGACCCAGACGCCAAGAACCUGAACAGCAUAGAAGAUGUCCGCAAGAGCCGGCCCGGUCAUUUAGAGGCCACCGUCGACUGGUUUAGGAAAUAUAAGGUUCCUGAUGGAAAGCCUGAGAACCAAUUUGGAUUCAAAGGACAAUUCAAAGACAAGGAUUUUGCAGUUGAGAUCAUUAUGUCCACCCAUGAGCACUGGAGGGCACUAGUGCAGAAGCAGACACCCAGCGGCGGGAUCGAAUGCAAAAAUAUCUCCUGCCGCGAGAGCCCUUUCAAGUGCAGCACAGACGAGGCCAGAGAGGUGGUGGAAUCGGCCCCGGCAUACGACGGCACACAUCCCGUGUCUCCACAUGUGGACACAAAGUGGCAUUUUGUCUGACGCCAUAAAGUCGACGUGGAAACCAACAAAACCUCUUGAAGCAGCUGCAUGUUUUGAAUGCAGCUGGAUUAACUUUUGGUAAGGACUCGUCGGCCGUCUAAAUCUAUCUGAAAAUACGAGCCAGUGAAGAUCUGAGUGGUUUGUUAUAAUUGUAAUUUAAGAGGUUAAUCACAAAAAUAAUUACUCUCAUUUGUAAAUCAGUAAUGUAAUCAGUUACAACGUUGUCUGUAUGUAACAAGUUAAUUUCUUCCUGUUUGGGUAAAUAAAAAAUAACACGGCGUGAAUAAAGUUUCCAGUUUCAUCAGUAAUUACACAUUUCAAAAACUUCAGCAUGUGCACAAUAAUGCAAACUAAUUUAGAUAUUAGUAUUAACUUGGAGUAACAAAUCAAAUUGCUUUAAAUAAAUAUAAAUUUUAUUAAAAAAAACACCCACAUCUCAGCAAUAUCAGGAAUGAUAUAAUAAACAGCUUUCAAAUAAACUGCAUUCAUUACAUUACAAUACUUACAGUAUUAAUACCAUCCUUAAUUCCAUUUUUUGUAGCAUACCAAACUUCAGGAGAACAAAGGGAAGCCUUAAAAAACAAAA